ACGCCGGGUUCGUGACUCCCACCGCCCCGGGAGCCGCUCGGCUGGAGGUGUCACUGCCCAGCAGGCAUGGCCCAGGCUCCGACAGGGAACCUGAAGGAGGCGUUCAGGACGCAGCUGUGCUGGAAGCUCGUCAAGAACCUCGCCGUUAUUGAACAAUACCAGAGCCACCCCAGAUAUACCAUUUCAGAUGAUCUAAAAGUUGGCUUUUUCACCACAGACCAUGCUACCCAAACAGAUACCAAUGAGAUUUUGCCAGUAAAAGAAUUAAGUUCAUCUACACAAAAGUUAAUUCAGGUUAUUACAGCCCUUCAGGUGGAUUUUAGGUUCCUUAAAGAACUGGUUCAGUUGAAGUUUGAGGACAGUCUUCAAGAAGAGUCUUCAAAAAUCGUCGUUGCUCUCCAGGACAGGAUCUUAGAGAUGGAAAAGCACUAUCAACAGAAUGAGGAGAAUAUGAGAAAAUGCUUUCAGCAGCAGUUAGCUGAUGCCAUCGCCGUCGUCAAAGGAAUGUACCAGCAAUAUUUUGAUGUAGAGGAAGAAAAAACUUCUUUGCAAGAUGCAGAAAAUGUCAAGUUGGGUGUUUUGUCAAGAAAACUGAAAGAGAAAGAAGAAAUUAUCAAUGAAUUAAGAGAGCAACUAGAACAAUGUGAAGGAUUUGAAAAACUUGACACUUUUGCCGAGGCCAGCUCUUCCAAAUUAAACUUAGAAAGGGAAAACUGGGAGCACAGAACGGAAAACGAGAGACUGCUCAAAGUCAUUUCGGAUCUUGAAGAAGAACUCAAACUCAGUGUAAAAGAAAAUUCAAUAUUAGAAGAUGAACUUAUAAGUCUGAAAGAGAUCUCAGAGAAGAAUCAGAAAACUAUUCAAAAGUUAACAGAUGCUAGAGACAGAUUAAGAUACGAGCUUGAUAGUGAAAAAGUAUUAGUUCAAGAUAUGGUCACUAAGCACAAGGAAGAAAUGGAAGCAUAUGCCAAGAACCUGAAAUCAGCCAAGAAGAGAGAGCCCUCUGUAUCUCCGUGGCAGUCACAGCCCAAGAGUGCAACAUCUUUGAGGCCAGUUUCUGCCUCCAUGAGUGUACAGUCUAUCAAAAGUAAGAAAUCCAGGACAUCACUGAAAAAAAUGCCAAAACCAGAGCCAGAAGUGGACAGUUCAGGUCCCUCUCACAUCAGCUCCAAGGCUAGACUUGAGACCACCUCCACUGACAGACAGAAGUCCUCCAAGAGUGACAAAACAAAGGACCUUUUGGAUGAAGGAACCCAUGUGAAGGAAAAGUUUAGAUCUAAGACACCAACUGCAGUACAUGAAGAAAAGAAGGUAGAAGCAACAGUCCCUAAGGAGGAAGACAAAGAAGCUUUGAAAGCACAAAUAGAAGCAUUAAAAGCUGAGUUAGAGAAUGUGAAACAGAAGUUUGAAAGAUUUAGAAAGGAAUCAGAACGAAUAAGCAAAAACUGGGAGAAGAGAUUCAUGAUUCUCAGGAGCAGCUUUCAUGCACUUAAGAAUGAGAUGUUUACCAGGCACACACUGUUUCGUCAGUUUGCAAUACUUGCUGAUACAUCCUUCAAUUAUGUUAAAUCGAACCCCUUAUUUGUGCAGUCUAAAGCAAACUUGACGGAUACCACAUCUCCUCCAGCUAGUCAUUUCCCUUCAAUAGACAAGAGGCAUGUGGACACAAUGAAUGAUCAAGCAUCUUCAUCAAAAGCCUUUCACCCGCCUUUGAAGAGGUCAUCCAUACCGAAGAACGAUGCGAAACCACCUAAUGAAUCAGCACAGAGCAUCAGCCAAAGAAAGGUCUCUCUCGCCAUCCCCCACAUAUCCUGGCCUGAGUAAGGUCUGCCUCCCUGGUGAGGGAACUACUAUCACCAAGGCAUUUCUAAAGGCAAUGUACACUAUUUGAGCACCACACUCUAAAAUUCAGCACGCACCUUUUCCGGGCACCUUUUUAAUCCCUAAGGAAACUGCUCACCAGUACUGGGUAAUGGUUAAACUGGGUGAGUGGGGCACACAGACCCUGAGGGGUGGUCAAAUGCAUUCUGGUGCUCCCAGGAUCCCGGCUGUACCCGGCACCCAAGGGUGGGAAAGAUUGGACUUUCAUUAAAAAGUUUAAGGCAUUAA